AUGCACUCACUGAGCUGUGAGGGACAGAGUGAUUCUACUGGAUGGAGAGUGAGAGGAUACACACACAGUGGGAGUGUGUCAGAUUGUUCAUCACUCUGGGGAUCAGUUACAGGAUCUACAUGCACCAUCGGAUACCUCUACACAUACCACACUGGAGUGUACUGGUGUCAGUCUGAAUCUGGAGGGAGCAGCAAUCCUGUUAACAUCACAGUGCACAAUUUACCCACAAAUACACUGACUGUGGAGCCUCAGAGUCCUGUGUUCACUGGAGAGUCAGUCACUCUGAAGUGUGAGGUUCAGGGUUAUGAUGGGUGGACAUAUCAGUGGGGGUAUAAGAAGAAAGCACAGAGUCAGUGGACUACAGUGUCUCAGUCUGUGUUUGACACUGUAAACAGAGACACUCUCACCAUCAGUAGAGAUGCUGUAGUUAAUGGGGAUCAGUACCAGUGUAGAGGAGCACGAAAUAACAGACCAACAACAUCACAGUACAGUAACAUUGUUACCCUCACUGUACAUGUUAAACCUACACCUGAACUCACAUCAAGCCUUAAAGGAGCUGCACUGGUCGGAAACCCAAUGACUCUGCACUGUAAGCUGGACCAGUCGGCUGGAUGGAGCUUUUACUGGUCCAGACACACACAGAACCCUGAGAAUGAGACCAACACUGCAGCAAACUCCUACAACAUCAGCUCAGUGGCGCCCUCUGAUGGAGGCCAGUACUGGUGCAGAGCUGGCAGAGGAAACCCAGUCUACUACACAAACUACAGUGAUGCACUGUGGGUAAACGUUACUGCUCUAUCCCAUUCAGAAGCUCCACUCUCCAUCCUCAGUCUGCUCAGUAGUCUACUGGCAGUCUCUCCAUAUCUGCUAGUGUCCAUCGUGCUGGGGGUCAAAUGCUACAGAGCUCACGUUCUGACUAAAAACAGAAGCCAGAAUGCAGUCUCAGAGGAGUGAGAAUCUAAAGGAAAAUACUGAAGAUGGAAGGACAUUGUUCUGUUUGCUUGAAGUCAUUUCACAUGUGAGACUGAAUGUUUGAACUCUGCUAACUUACUUCCAGCUGACCACCAGUUUAUAGGAAGCAUCGUGCAGUAAUGUUUUCACUUUUAAGCACAUUACUAUUGUGUGUGUCAUUUCUUCCAAUGUUAGAAUAUUCUCCUUUAUUUUAAUGAUCUUUUACUUUGUUGGACUGUUUUACUUCUAUGUUCUAGUUAAAUAAAUAAAAAUUUAAUACAU